UUUUUAUUCUCGUAGUUGCUCGUAGUCGCUUGUAGUCGAUGAAUAUGGCGGCAUCGGUAGUCAAAAUUUUUCUGAAACACAGGUGGAUAUAUUCUACGUAUACGAUACACAGUACCACGUUAUCGUCAGUCCAAACCUUAACCCUUGUUGUAAAUUUCAGGUCAACUAGACGAAUUUUGGGCGAAAUUAAAAAUAUCAAAAAUUCCUUUUUACCCGUAUGCUGCUGCAUUCAAUGUCAUUCGUAUGGAACAACGCCUAUAUUUCUCAAACAAAGAAAAGUUAACCAAGAAAGGGAACAAGAACAACAUAAUCCUUUGGCAUUAAAAUUGAAGAAAAAGAAUACAUUGGUUGUUGAUAUAUGGAAAAAUAUGACAGUGUCUGAUAUUGCCAAUGUUAUGCAAAGAGACAUUGCAGAUGUAUUCGAAGCAUUAUCACUUUCUGAUCAAUUUUUUCAUUACAAAAAAAAUAAACCCAUUGAAAAUUCUGCUGUGAUACAAGAAACGGUCAAGAAACUUGGUGCAAAAUUUAAGAUUGUAUCACAUCCCACUCGCAAGGAUGACAAGAAACAACAAGAGGAUAUGGAUGUUGAUGCCGUUAAACGGACCGAAGCUAAAUCUCAUCUCCUGAUUAAAAGACAUCCAGUGGUUACCGUAAUGGGUCAUGUCGAUCAUGGCAAGACAACUUUACUCGACUCAAUACGUAACACAUCUGUAGUAAAGUCAGAAUUUGGUGGCAUCACGCAGCACAUUGGAGCAUUUAAUGUAACAUUAAAUACCGGGGAGAGGAUGACAUUUUUGGAUACACCGGGACAUGCCGCAUUUAGCGCAAUGCGAGCACGGGGAGCCAGUGCGACUGAUAUCGUGGUUCUAGUGGUGGCCGCCGAUGACGGGGUAAUGGAUCAGACGGUGCAGAGUAUAGAAAUGGCAAAAGAAGCAAAUGUUCCAGUGAUAGUGGCCAUCAACAAGAUUGACAAGCCGGAAGCCGACAUUGAAAGAACUCAGCAAAUGUUGGCGCAACAUGGAAUUCUGGUUGAAGACUUGGGUGGCGAUAUUCAGAGUAUUAAUAUCUCCGCGUUAAAGGGUACAAACUUGACUAAUCUAACCGAAGCCAUAGCCGCUCAAGCGGAGGUAAUGGAGUUGAAAGGAGAUCCAACUGGAUUGGUAGAAGGCAUCGUGAUAGAAUCCACUAAUCAUCCUGGACGGGGAAAGUUGUCCACUGCACUGAUUCAGCGCGGUACACUCAGAAGGGGAGCGGUUCUUGUCAGCGGUCUCGCGUGGGCCAAAGUACGAUCAAUGUUUGACGAUUCUGGUAAGCUGGUCAACGAGGCAAAAUUAGCCGAAGCGGUGCAAAUAAUUGGAUGGCGUGUGUUACCGUCUGCGGGCGACGAAAUCAUCGAGGUUGAAAACGAGAAACGCGCGCACCAAGUUCUCAGGUACAGGGAAGCUCGAUUAUCUCAUCAAAAAUCGUUGGAACAACAGGAAGCGGCCGACAAAAAACAUCAGGACUAUCUUACUGAGUACAAGACUCUGUUGGAAAAAAGAAGGGCGAUGGGGCGACGCAAAUUGAAGCGCGAAGGUCCUAGAGAAAAGGAGAUAAAAGAUGACAACGUCCCCAAGGUUAACGUCGUUAUUAAGGGCGAUGUCGACGGUUCCGUCGAAGCUAUACUCGACGUUCUCGAGACUUAUACAAACGGCAAUGACAAAUGUCGACUCAACGUUAUUCAUUAUGGCGUCGGUCCCGUCUGCGAAACGGAUGUCGAAUUGGCCGAAACUUUUGACGCUAUUAUCUACAAUUUCAAUGUGAAUGCACCAAAGACAAUUGAGGAUCUGGCAAGGAAGUGUGGCGUCCAAAUACGACCACAUAAUGUCAUAUAUAAACUCGUGGAUGAUCUAAAAACUGAAAUAAAUAAUAAACUCCCAAUGACGACAGCGGAGGAAUUACUAGGUGAAGCCAACGUGUUACAAGAAUUCCAAGUGUCCGAAGGUAGAAAGAAAAUACCUGUGGCAGGUUGCAGAUGUACAAAAGGUGUUCUCAAAAAGUCCGAAAUGUUUCGUUUGAUGCGUGAAAAUGAAAUUAUUUAUACAGGUAAACUGAAAUCCAUGAGGCAUCUAAAGAAUGAAGUGGACUCGAUUAAGAAGGGAGUAGAAUGUGGUCUGAGACUAGAUGAUCCAACAGUGUUAUUUAAACCUGGCGAUACGCUCUUGUGUUUUCGAAUUUAUGAAAAAAAACAAGAGACCGAUUGGGAUCCAGGAUUUUAAUUUAAACGCCUAUUUAAAAGGUCCUGCAGUCAGUCGCACGUGUGCAACAAGUGAUAGUGUAGUAAUCAUUGUACAUAACACGUACCUGCCGAAUAAUGACCAUUUAUAAAUUACCCGACAUUAUUGCAAAAUGAGUAGGUAAUAAAAAUCAAGAUUAAGUACAAA